UCCUCCUGUAUAGACAAGGCAUGGCACGAGUUGAGAGCUCGCACACGGACGUACUACUCCAUUGGUGAUGGGACGCCACAGCAGCAGCAGUGGCAAGACCGAGGCCGGCGGCGAGCAGUACCGCAAGGAGGAGAAGCAUCACAAGCACAUGGAGAAGCUGGCCAAGUUCGGUGCCGUCGCCGCCGGAGCAUACGCUAGGCACGAGAAGCACAAGGCGAGGAAGGACCCGGAGCACGCGAGGUCGCACAAGAUGAAGGAGAAGAUCGCCGCCACUGUGGCCGCCGGCAGCGCAGGAUUCGCCAUCCACGAGCACCACAAGAAGAAAGAGGCCAAGAAGCACGCUCGUCAUGCCCACCACCACUGAUACAACCAUGGAUGCAUAUGCACAUGUAGACCCUAGCUAGUUAUUUUAUAUGUACGACCGGUUACAUUCAUUCAUUUCGCUGUAUUGCUGUUUGGUAUGUUUAUUAGUUUUGAUUCAUGCUAGGCCAUUGACGUCGUUGUGGCAUACUAUGUUGGUACAUUCUUGUACAUGUUUGGGCACAUCU